AUGCAGAACACGUCUGGAAACCUACCGAAACCGACAUUCUCAGGGACAUUAGACGGGCCCUCCACACAGAGAACUAGGCCCUGGGAACAGGGGUCGGAGCAACCAUACGCCACGCAGUCAUAUGCAGCCCCGUUCCCGCAGCAGGCGCCCGGGUAUUCGAAUGCCUCGCUUCCGCUCUACGGGGGUGCAUCGGCCGCAUAUGCGGGACAAUGGCAGCAACCAGUACUUUAUACGGCACAGCCAUACUAUCAGCCUCCGCCCCCGGCCGGGGCUCCGCAUCUGCUCCCACUGGAACCCUACCAAACGUCAGUAGUUGGAGGCAGGAAGCCCGAUGCAAGGCGUGGGGGCGCCAGACAAGCGGCGGGCAGGGUGCGGAAGGCUCCGCGGGCUGCGUACAGUGGUGAGAAACGGAAGGCAAGCCACGGGGGCGCUCAGGGCACCACUGUGACACAGGCGGAGGGUUCUGGGGACGAGGGAGAUGAGCAGGCGGAAACUGGCAGCGAAGCUGGCCCAACUGUCGACGGCGCAAUUGCAGGGACAUCUAUUGUGCUGAGUACCACCGAGGAUAUCGAGAAAUGGCGCAGCGAAAGACGCAAGAUGUGGCUCCUCAAGAUCUCUAAUCAGAAGGAGAAGCACAUGGAAGAAUUGGGCGUAAGUGAGCAGGAGCUUAGGUGCAGUCCCCUUGUGCAGGGCAGAAAGGACAAGAAGUUCAUCUCUGGGAUCCAGUCACACGUGAUGCGUUUUACUUCGAAACAGAACCUUAGCGUGGGCCUCGUGCAGCGAACAAUGGCAGCAGAGAAUGCCAAGAUCCUAGGUUUUAUCAAGGAGCUUGGGGACGCGAAUUUACUGGAGCAUGUUCUCACCGAGAAAGAAAAGGAGGCACUCUUCGGCAAGGCGAUGCGCGCCGCCGAGAACCGGAAGCAGUUCGCUGGUAGAUCAUUUACUUCCCAGAAUGACGGCAGAGGCAGGCCCCCCACUAGACAACCUGCUGGUGGGCCCACUAACUGA